CUUUUCCUYGCCAGCCGUGUCUGAGGGGGUAAAAAGAAGGGUGCCACAGGCUCAGUCCAGCUGGCGUAGCUGCAGCCAAACUGAUAUGCUGAUACGUCCUAGCUACCAGGACCCAGUGUUGCAGCUCAUCUUGGAAGCGGAUGAUGAGGGAGGCAACUGGCUGGUACUCAGGCUCUGUGUUUAGAGCAGCUGUGGAGAAUGUUUCUGGUCUCCUUCAGCAUUCUCGGACCUUUCUGACUCCAGAUAACCUAAUAAAGGUAUGAAGUGACUACUUGGAUCCUCGAGUACAUGACCUGUACAGAAUUAGACAGAAGUACAAUAUGGAGUACACAAGAAAAACAUUAACAUCAGCAAUCACACAUACCUGGCAAGUGUGGGCCAUCUACAUCAUCUUAACGGCAAAGCUCUCUGAAGAGCAAGAUUUGAAGCAAGUUUGUCYUUCAUGUGACGCCACUCAGUUUUGCAACUGUUCCUCCAGGGGGUUGAAUUUCAUUCCUUCAGGGCUCACAGCUAAAGUCACRGRGUUAAACCUGGCCCAYAACAGGAUAAAGCUCAUCCGAGCACGUGAUCUGCAGCAGGCUGUGAACCUGAGAGUCCUGCUGCUGUCGUCCAAUGAAAUUGGCUCAAUAGAGGAGGGUUCGUUUUGCUGCCUUGCAAAACUGGAGCUCUUGGACUUAUCAAAUAACAGCUUGUCUCACUUGUCCCCUGUGUGGUUUGGGCACCUCUUUGCCCUCCAGCACCUCAACAUUCAAGGCAAUUUCUACCRGGACCUGGGGGAAGGUUCCCUCUUUUCUAACCUGAGAAACUUGACCUCUCUCUACGUGGGCAAUCACCAGUUCUCCACGAUAAAGCAGGGAAACUUUGAGGGCCUUUCGCUUCUCAACGAGCUGUGGAUUGAUGGUGGCAAUCUGAAUCGGUAUGAGCCAGGAAGUUUGAAAUGGRUUAGGCAGAUAGACCACAUGAUCAUCAACCUAAAAAGUGUGAAUGUCUUCUCAAUAAUUAUAGAGGAUCUUCUGCACUCUGUUGUAUGGUUAGAAGUGAGAGAAAUCAAACUGGAUAUUAAAAAGAAAAAUUUGAGAGASAAUUCUACACUUCCUUUCAUGUUGCAGAAAGUUACAUUUAAAGAUGUUAAGUUCACUGACCGAUAUAUUAGCCGAGUAAUGGUGCUAUUCAAGAAAAUAAAAUCUUUGAAAGAGCUAGAGAUAAUAGAUUCUGUGCUUGAUGGAGAAGGACUUUGGAAUAUUCAAGAAAUUAUAAGCAGUGGUCCAAGUUCUGUUGAAACAAUAUCAAUAACAAAUAUAACAAUUCCAUAUUUUCAUCAGUUUAGGGAUCUUGAGGGUGUAGAAUCACAAGUAAAKAACCUGAAAAGACUCAGAAUUGCAGGUUCUAGAGUUUUCAUGGUGCCGUGCAAUCUUGCAAAGCACUUUUUGUCACUCUUGUAUCUUGAUUUUCAUGAUAAUUUGCUUGUAAAUAAUCGCUUAUCUGAGACAACCUGUGGAGGUGCUUGGCCUUUAUUGGAAACUUUAAAUCUAAGUCAAAAUUCUCUCAAAUCUCUAAAAGAGACUGCAGAAAAUUUAAGUCAUCUCUCCAAACUUAUUAAUCUUGACAUUAGUCAAAAUAAGUUUAGAGAGAUUCCAGACAGCUGUCAAUGGCCAAAAAACCUGAAGCAUUUAAACCUCUCCAGCACGCAAAUUCCUAAAUUAACAACCUGCAUUCCUCAGACYCUUGAAGUUUUGGACGUCAGCGCUAACAACCUGCAGGAGUUUGGGCUGCAGCUGCCUUUUCUCARGGAGCUGUACAUUGCAAGAAACCARCUGAAGACCUUGCCUGAUGCUGCACCUAUUCCCAACUUGGUGGUCAUGAGCAUCGGAAGAAACAUGCUCAACAGCCUAUCCAAGGAAAAAUUUGAGUCCUUUAAGAAAAUGCAGAGGCUGGAUGCCAGGGACAAUAACUAUAUCUGCUCCUGUGAAUUCCUGUCCUUCGUUCACCAUGAGGCCGGGAUAGGUGAAAUGCUGGUGGGCUGGCCGGACAGCUACAUCUGUGACUCUCCGCUGGCGGUGCGAGGACGCCAGGUUGGRGCGGUGCGUCUCUCCCCCAUGGAGUGCUACCGGUCGCUCGUUGUGUCCRUCAUCUGUGUCCUGGURUUCCUGCUCGUGCUGGUGCUGGUGGUGGUGGGCUACAAGUACCACGUGCUCUGGUACAUGCGAAUGACGUGGGCCUGGCUGCGGGCGAAGCGUAAGCCCCGCCAAGGCCCCCCAAAGGAUGUCUGCUACGAUGCUUUUGUCUCCUACAGCGAGCAUGACUCCGAGUGGGUGGAGAACAUCAUGGUGCAGGAGCUGGAGCGGGCCUGCCCGCCCUUCCGCCUGUGCCUCCAUAAGCGGGACUUUGUGCCCGGCAAGUGGAUUGUGGAUAACAUCAUUGACUCCAUGGAGAARAGCCACAAGACGCUGUUUGUGCUGUCGGAGCACUUUGUGCGCAGCGAGUGGUGCAAAUACGAGCUGGACUUCUCGCACUUCCGCCUCUUUGAUGAAAACAACGACGCGGCGAUUCUCAUCCUCCUGGAGCCCAUCCAGGGCAAAGACAUUCCCAAGAGGUUCUGCAAACUGCGCAAGAUAAUGAACACAAAAACCUACCUGGAGUGGCCUUCUGGUGAGGAAGAGCAGCAGCAAAUAUUUUGGAAAAACCUGAAAGCAGCCUUGAAAUCGUAAAACAAGUCUUUAAGCCGUAUUUCRGCUCAGUGCCGCCAAAGGAUAUUUGUUAUUUUUUUGUGUGUUAUGAAAUGCUUGUUUUCUUUUUCUGCCUCAUGAGGAUUGGCUUUGCUGUGGGUAGAAACAAUUCUUCACUUUAAGGAAAGUGAUCAACUUGAAGGUGUCCAAAGCUGUUGAAACGCUGAUCUUUUAAAAUCAGUGAGGCAUUCUGGACUUGACAUUUUGCUAAAUACACUUAGCUGAAUUUAGUAUAUUUCUUGAGUCUUUCUCCUUUAAUAUCUCCCAAUAGUUCCUUACAAUACAUUUCUU